UUGCCAAGUUCGUCGUCGUUACAUGUGAAUCGUACAAGUUUGCAUGUGAACAUCGACGCUGAUACUAAUUAUAAAUAGAAACGUCUUCCAGUUCGACUUCAUAUACGUUGAGUGUCUUGCCCUCUCAAGGAUACGGAGAACACAAAUUCCAGUGUGGUAUCUUUCAGUAGAUCUUUUAUUUUGGACAAUUUGAUCUAUUACUACCAUAGAAGUUUUUAAAAUGAUUUCAUCCGUUUCUAAAUCUAGUCUUCAUCUUUCAUCAGCACAGAGACUUUUUGUUGGGAAAUCAUUUGUUAGAUUUUUGGGUGGACCAUCUAUUAUUCAAAAACCUAUUGCUCAGCCAAUUAAUUUGGCAAAUGAACCUAUUUUAGGUUAUUUGAAAGGCAGCGAAGAAAGAGUUGCCUUGGAAAAUGCAUUACAACAUAGGCAAUCUGCUGUUGAAGAAAUUCCAAUUGUUAUUGAUGGCAAAGAAUAUUGGACUGAUGAUGUUCAUUAUCAGACAAUGCCCUCUAACCAUCAGAAAAAGAUCGCGAAAUUCUGCUACGCUACUCCCGAACUACUACAAAAAGCUAUUGGCGUUUCAUUGAAAGCCAGAAGCGCGUGGGAGAAGGUUCCUUUGAAUAAAAAAGUUGAUAUUUUUUUAAAAGCCGGAGAUUUGGUUUCGACAAAAUAUCGUAGUCAACUCAAUGCAUCUACCAUGCUGGGACAAGGCAAAACAGUUUUUCAAGCUGAAAUUGAUGCAGCUUGUGAAUUAGCGGAUUUUUUGCGAUUUAAUGCAGAGUUUGCUCAACGAUUGUAUGAUUAUCAACCAGUAAACGUUGAUCCUUCGAUACAAAAUUCGGUUCGACAUAGAGGGUUGGAAGGAUUUAUCGCCGCUAUUUCUCCAUUCAAUUUCACAGCCAUUGGAGGAAACCUUGCAUAUGCCCCUGCGAUUAUGGGAAAUGUUGUUCUGUGGAAACCCUCUGACACAGCAAUGUUGUCGAACUAUAUAGUAUUCCGAUUGAUGGAAGAAAGUGGAAUUCCUCCUGGCGUAGUGAAUUUCCUGCCUGCAGAGGGUCCUACUUUUGGACGAGCGAUUACCAACUCGACGCAUCUAAGCGCCAUUAAUUUCACAGGAUCUGUUCCGACAUUCCACUGGUUGUGGAAGCAAGUAGGAGAAAAUGUUGACCGCUUCCGGAAUUUGCCGCGUUUGGUUGGCGAGUGCGGAGGGAAGAAUUACCAUUUGGUUCAUUCAUCUGCAAAUGUGGAGCACGUUGUCAAUUCUACCCUUCGUGGCGCUUUUGAGUAUUCCGGACAAAAGUGUUCGGCAACGUCAAGGUUAUAUGUCCCAUCCUCAUUAUGGAAACAGAUAAAGGAAGGGCUAAUCGAGGGUAUGAAGCAAAUGAAAAUUGGUCCAGUCACCGACUUUGACUCAUUUACGUCUUCGGUCAUUGAUAGUCGAGCUUAUGAGCGCAUAACCUCUUACAUUAAGCACGCCGAACAGUCACCGGACCUUCAGAUUAUUGCUGGCGGGCAGCGAAAUAAAAGUGUCGGGUAUUUUAUCCAUCCAACCCUAGUAGAAACUAAAAAUCCCCAUGAUCGCAUAAUGGUGGAAGAAAUUUUCGGACCCGUUCUCACCGCCUUCGUUUAUGACGACAGCGCACUGGAAGAAACAUUAGACCUAAUUGAUUCUUCUACGUCCUUUGCUUUAACGGGAGCAGUUUUUGCAGAGGAUAGAGAAUUUCUCGUUCAAGCUGCCGAGCGACUGAAAAUGUCCUGUGGAAAUUUCUACAUUAACGAUAAAUCGACUGGUGCUGUUGUUGGACAGCAACCUUUUGGAGGAGGUCGAUUAUCUGGAACCAAUGACAAAGCUGGAAGCCCUCACUAUUUACUUCGGUGGACAAGCCCACAGUCCAUUAAACAAUACUUUAAUCAUUUGACACAGUUCAAAUAUCCUCAUAUGGAAAAGUAAAUUGUUUCUUAUUCAGUUUCUUAUUAGAUGUAGUUUCAUUUUAAAAAAACUACAAAAGAAACUCAAGUUUUUAAUAGAGCAUUCUAUCUCUGUAAUGUCUGCUUUGGGGCAAUUCAAAUAUUCGUUCAUAGGUCAAGCUAAAUUGUUUAGAAAUAAUGUUUUUCUAUUAACACAAUUUAAGUUCAUUUAUUCUAGUCUGUCUUUCCAAAUACAUGUUGUUUAAGGAUA